CUCUCUUCUUCCUCCCCCCUUUCCCAGCGGCACCAGGCCCCCGCCCUGGUGGCAUCUCCGUAAUUUCGCCGCCUCUUCGCCGCCGCGGGGGGUGGGAGGAGGAGGCAUGGGCAACGCCAGCGGCCGCGAGGAGGACGUCGCGGCCGUGGACGGCGACGGCGCCGACGUGGAGGACGGCGGCGGGGACUCGUCGGUCCGCUCGUCGGAGCGCGGCUUCCCGCCGUACGGCAGCGGGGGAGCAAACAACGUGCGGCGCGCGUGCUCGGUGGGCGUCGUCGGUGGCGGAGGCGGCGCCGGAUCGCCGCCCGGGAGCCCCGGCCGCUCGCUCUCGCCGCGGAUGUUCGUGCCCCAGACCCCUGUGCCUCCACUGCAAAGAGCUGCUGAUGUAACCCCAGUAUUCAACCAGAUAUUGAUGAAUGAACAAGAAGAAGAAUAUGAUGGCCCCCCUCCGAAGGAAAUUCCUGCUUUAAUUGUGUGGACCCUUGGAGGAAAGAAUGUAUAUGUUGAAGGAUCAUGGGAUAACUGGAAAUCAAGAAAAGCCAUGCAAAAAUCUGGGAAAGAUCACUCUCUUCUGCUGGUACUCCCAUCUGGAGUUUACCGAUACAGAUUUGUUGUAGAUGGAGAAAGGAGAUGUCUUCCUGAUCUUCCCUGUGAAACUGAUGCAAUGGGCAAUGCGGUUAACCUUCUUGAUGUUAAUGACUUUGUUCCUGAAAGUGUUGAGAGCGUGACAGAAUUUGAGCCGCCUCCGUCUCCAGACUCCAGCUAUAGUUUCCAGGCACCUGAGGACAAGGACUUUGCUAAGGAGCCUCCUGCUCUUCCAUCCCAGCUCCAUCUCGGUGUUCUUAACUCACAGAACUCGGAAGAAAGUUGCGCGCGGCCCCAGCACAUAGUCCUCAACCACCUCUUCAUCGAGAAGGGCUGGGGCGCCCACCCGCUGGUGGCGCUCGGUCUAACCCACAGGUUCGAGUCCAAAUAUGUAACUGUCGUCCUGUAUAAGCCCAUCGAACGAUAGCAAAAGUAGCCCCCACAUGAAGAGUGGAAGUUAAUGCGUGACAACUCACUGCGAGAGCAGCGAUGAACAACGCCGAGGGUACAUGCUUGUAAAAGCGGUUGAGGUUGAGGAGUAUUUUUUCCAUGCCUUUGACAGCUUGCAGAACCUCUGGUUGAUGUUGUACAUGCUGCACUAUCAUGAUGUUGGCCUCCUGGUUUGUUUAUCCUGUCACAGGGAGAGCCAAGGCGCCCUUAGUUCCUACAUGUCCGCCUGUUGUGAUUGUUCCCCGUCCCCUGGGAUGAAAUGUGAGUAGAGGUGUCACUGAAAACCGUGGAAAUCCACAGAAAGUUAGGUGCCAGAGAUAGAUCAUGUGAUUCCUAGGUUUUUGUCUUGUUUUUGACUGGUGAAAGACGAUGUCGUUCUGUAAUAAGAUCAGAGCAAUUUACAAAUGGGAUACGUUGUGUUUUGUC